UUAUACAUUUGGUGAUUUGUCAAAAACAAGUAUCAAAAUACUCCAACUGGCUCGAUCUCUCUUUCGCCAUUCUUAUCUGAAGCGGCAACUCUGAGAUUCACCAAAUUGUACUAAGCACGAACAAUUUCUCUGAAGCUUCAUCUUUUUCGUCUUCGGCUUCGUCGUCUGUAUCUGGUCUCCUUCGAUUUUCUUACCCUUUGUCACCGUCUCAAGGUACGCCGCACUGCUUGCGUCGCGCUCAUCACAGAGUUUUGCUCUGUUCCCUCCGCCUGCUUGCGUCGUGCUCAUCUGUUCACCCACUUCACCGAGACUGUGAGAUAGAAAGUCUCGAGAAACAAACAGAGUUCUGCGCCGUUCCCUCCGCCUGCUUACGUCGCGUCGGGUUUGAAAUUGUUCCGUUUGUAGAGAAAAUCAGUGAAUGAACUGAUUUAACCAUUUGAAAAUUACACUUUUAUAUUUUUAUGUAAAUUAGGUAUCUAUCUACCUAUUUGUCAAUUGUCAAUGAUGAAGAGGGUAUGGAGAAUCCCAGAGAAGGAAGCAAUUCUCCAAAGAUUUUCUGAAGAUUAUAGAAAGUGUUACACAAUUGGACGAGGUUCAGCUAAUGCGUUGUGGAUCCGAGGACUAGCAGGCAAGGCAUCUUCUUCCCAAUCCGCCUGGCCACGGGUAUUUACUUUAUUCGCAGACAAGUGUUGUCCUGCCGAUUCGUUGGUCAAACAGGAUAUGAGAGAAAAGGUCUCACAUUUAAAGGAUGAGCUGUUAGCAUACAGUGGUGAUGCUGAAAAGAUUGAGAAAUUAUUAGCAGAUAGAGGGGUUUUGUUGUUUAAUAGGUAUGCAGAUGGUUCUGCGGUUGUUGAGCUCUUAAAUCAGCUAAAAUCUUCGCCCGGACUAGCACUCCAGGCUUUUGACUGGAGAAGAAGACAAUUGGAUUACCGGACUCCCAUGACAGUUGAGGAGUAUUCCAAGGCUAUUGUUGUGGCAGGAAGGUUAAAGAAUGUUGAUCUUGCAGCCGAACUAUUCAAGGAAGCUUCCACCAAGCGACUCAAAUCGACCUCUUUAUAUAAUGCCCUUAUGACUGCUUACAUGCUCAAUGGUUUGGCUGUUAAGUGUCAAUCAGUUUUUUGGGACUUGAAGAUGGAAGCAACAUGUACCCCAACUAUUGUAACAUACAACACACUGAUCUCUCUGUUUGGAAGAUUAAUGCUGAUAGAUCACAUGGAGGCAACCUUACGGGAAAUAAAUGAUUUGGAUGUCUGCCCAAAUGUUGGUACGUACAACUAUUUAAUUGCUGGGUAUAUCACAGCGUGGAUGUGGGAUGAUGUGGAGAAGACGUAUAGAAUCAUGAAUGCAGAAAGUAUCAAACCUGAUCUUACUACCCAUUUAUUGAUGCUUCGAGGAUAUGCACAUUCUGGUAAGUUGGAUAAGAUGGAAGAAAUCUAUGAGCUUGUCAAAGGUCAUGUAGAUCGGCAUGGAAUCCCAUUAAUUCGAUCUAUGAUAUGUGCUUAUAGUAAAAGUUCUGAUGUAAAUAAAGUUCAAAAGAUUGAAGAAUUGCUGAGGUUGAUUCCUAAAGAUGAUUAUAGGCCUUGGUUGAAUGUCAUAGUAAUAUGUUUGUAUGCAAAGGAGGAUCUAUUAGACGAGAUGGAAAAUUCAAUAAAUGAGGCAUUUGAAUGUAACACAUCCGUCACAACAGUUGGUGUCAUGCGUUGCAUCAUUUCAAGUUACUUCCGAAACAAUGCAGUGGACAAACUUGCUAAUUUUGUUAGCCGUGCGGAAUGUGCUGGUUGGAAAAUAUGCAGGUCCCUUUACCACUGCAAGAUGGUUAUGUAUGCAUCACAAAGGCGGCUCAUUGAAAUGGAGAGAGUUCUUAGCGAGAUGGAUAAAGUGAAUUUGAACUUCUCAAAGAAAACAUUUUGGAUAUUAGUUAAAGCCUACACAACUUGGGGGGAAAAGGAUAAAUGUCAGCAGAUCUUGGGUAUGAUGUGCAGGCAUGGAUAUGGAAUUCCUAUAAAUGGAUAAAGUUGGUAGUUCAUAUUUCAAUUUCCUUCCAUCAUAGUUCUACGACGGUUAACCUGAUUGUAGUAUUGUUGGAAUUUGGGAUUUUGAUGAAGCAGCAGACGACACUCUAUUUAGUUCUUCUCUUUUGUUUGUUCCCCCUUGUUGCUGAUAUACGACAGGCUAAAAUCUCAAGUGAUGAUAGUAUUUCUAUGAUAUAGAAAAGUUAAUUCAAGCAUGUGGGAACAACAUGUCUUCUUAUUGCCAAAAUAAUUCAAAUUGAGGGUAUUUUAAACUUCUCAUAGUUCUUAACUAUAUACCAUGCCUUUUUAUGUGAAACUAAUUUGCCAUGCAUCACUUCUCACUUCUCCAUUUUGCUUUAUUUGUGGCUCUAAAUCUUCUAUAGCCUUUUUGGUUCAUCGCCAUCCAGCUUGUCUGGGUCUUAGCAUCAUCUCUCCACUAUUAACUUAAUCUGUCUCUACACUCUCUUGGAGAUUUAUGUUGUUCCACUGCCUCUGAUCGUGGUUGUUGUUCGAUGCAGACAUUCAUAUGAAACUCUGUAACCCAUUACUUUGGUCCACUCCAAAUACAGCUAAUUCUGCUGCAGCGGCGGGGGGAGGAGUUGGUGCUAUUGCUGUUUUGAGUAAUGGACAGCUUCAUCACUUUGGUCCACUCCAAAUACAGCUACUUCUGCUGCUGCAGUGGCGGUGGGAGACUAGUGAAAUGGGUCAAGUUUGUAAUCUGGAAGGAAACGAAUAAGGCUGUUGAUAAGUGAUAGCACAUACUGGAUAAAUGUGAUGUCUAAUCAGCUUUGUAUCAGUCCAGCCCCAUCUUUAUUGGUCCUGAAGAGUAUUGAAUGUUAGACCAACUGCUUUUUUCUUCAUCAAAUGCAAUCUUUGGUCAGAUGAAAUUCACCAACUGUAUUCUAGUGCACAGGAUGUCUUCAACUCAACUCAACUUUAUGCUGUUUCAAUGAGUGAUUCAGAGAAUAUGGCUUCUAAAAUGCCCGGCUACAACAGGGGAGGCUAUGCACUCUAUAAAUUAAUGGUACAAGAUCGUUUGCUGAAUGAGAGGAUUUUGUAGGCUCGUAAUCUCGUCUACCUGAUUUAUACACGUUUGUCUCUCAGUCCUUGAUGUGCAAUCUCAUGCUGUGAUAUUUCAUUGAUCAAAAGAAAAACUCCCCAUGGAAAAUAUAAAUGAGCUAACAUGCACAGAUUAUGCAAUUUAGUCAUAUUGAAUUGCAACAAAACGCAUUUGUCUUUGCUUCUUUGCUAUGUAUUGAACUGUAUUAGUUUUGUUUUAUCACAAGAUUUAUUCGAAUA